AUGUCCGGCAAUGAAUGCUCCGUCAGUGUCCCAGAGCUUGUGAAGCUGUUAGUUGAGAAAUCGCCGCAGUAUAUUCUUGAGAAGGCUGAUUUCAAGGGGCGCACUCCUUUAGAUUUAGCCUGUGGAAGUAGUAGUCCAGAAGUUGUCCGGUUGCUCUUAUCAAAAGGCUGUAGUGUGCUUGUAACUCCAAGGUUGGUAACAUGGGUUACCUGGCACAACCGACCGAAUGGCCCUCUACUGAAUGCUGUAUCGAACACCCCGAGACAUGCCAAAAUUAUCGCAUCUAUGGUUUUAGACGCUGGUGCAAACUUCGGCAAAGCUGGAAUGACAGCUUUGAUGAUGACUAUAAAUAAUUGUGCUGCGCAAAGUCGACGUACCCCAGAAUCAGCAAAGAGUAUAGAGUCUUCAUAUUUAGACUUGUUUAUGCUGUUGAUACAACGGGACAUUAACGUGAAUGCGGCUGAUAAUGAGGGUAAUACUGCUCUAUGUUUCGCAGUUAUGUUUGACCAAGAAGUUUUUAUUCGCAAACUAAUUAUUUCUGGGAGUGACAUCAACAAAUGUAAUAAUUGGGGUUUUACCCCACUGGUUUGUGCAUGUGGAAACAGAAACAAGAGAAUAGUAGACUUACUUAUAAAAGCUGGUGCUAAAUUAUCGAGAAGGGAUCGUGAAAAAUAUUUGCCUAUCUUCGAAGAUAAGGAACGUAUUCAACUGUCUAAUUAUAUUAUUAAUAUAUUCAAGCAGUGUCUUAGCUUACAAGAUUUGUGCAAUAUCACUGUUAGAGAAAAUCUUAAAAAUGUAGGAGAUGCCUUUCGACUUGAAUUACCUCAAUUGCUAAUAGACCACCUGCUACUGGAACACUAA